ACGUCACGUGACGUUUGUAUUGACGUCGCUUUGCAGUAAUUGCGUCUUAGCAACGAGUGUGUGAUACAUAGAUAAACAGCAAAGAAUUUUUUAAGCGAUAUGUGCUAAAAUAUGGAUGAAACACAGCUCAUUACAGACGAAAAUCACGUCACGACAGUUCCCGAGGUGACAGACAACGGACAGAAUGAAACUGGAAAGAAAAAGCGAAAAAGGAAGUAUUCACAGAAACAAUGGGAGAGAUGGAUGAAAUAUCGGGAAAAGAAAGGUCUAGAGAAGAAAAUGAAUGUUAGAAACAUGCAGGAAGUUACCAUGGCUAUCGAUGGCACGCAUCAACACAUCACAUUACCAGUUGUUUCUAACUUAAGAGCAGAGGCAGAGGAAUUUGUACCAAGGUCAUUUACUUUGACCUACGAUAAGCAGCUUUCCCAACCCAACGACAAUGCUCAAAUCCAGGAGAAUGACGUAGAAACCCAGGCUAAUUCAGGUGAAACAGAAAUUGACGAAGAAACCCAGGCUAACACCGCUGAGGACUCCGGCGCCGAGAGUUCAUUUGGUAUAUUGUCAAUCUACGCUGCAAGUGAACUUCACAGUUCAAUUGACAAGGAUGCGUAUUGCGCGGCAAAGGAUGCUGAAAUGGAUUUCGGAUACACUUUCUUUUCUAUUUGGAAUUUGUAAAAUUAAAUAAAUAAAUGGAAAAAAGGAAAAUAAUGGCGUUCUUGUAUUUUUAAAAAUUUU